AUGCACACACCAGUCCCACCUCCCUGUACCCAAACUACAGUGAAGCCCAUUCAACCGAUUCUCCGCAGUGCUGAAAGAGCAGAGAGAAGUAAAGAAGGAGGAGGAGUGAAAGAGGAGGAGAAAAGAGAGGAGAAGAGGGGAGAUACGGGGAAACACGAAAAACAUAGGCUAUAGAGUGUUUGUGGCGAGAGCAGGAGAGAGGGGAAGAGAGAGAGUGUGAGAGAGAUAAGGGGGAAACUGCAAAUUUGGUGGCCAGGCUUCUCAGUGCGCACAGAUCUCUCGUCGGCUGCACUGUCCGACCAUCUCUCCGCUCUGCAGGAUGAGUUCAUUCAGUACAAGGGCUUUGACGCUGCUCUCGUCGGUUUUCGGGGCAUGUGGUUUGCUCUUGGUUGGAGUUGCUGUGUCAACAGACUACUGGCUGUUGAUGGAGGAGGGAAUUGUCCUACAGCAGAACCAGACCACCGAGGUCAAGAUGGCGCUGCACUCUGGCCUCUGGAGGGUCUGCUUUGUGGCAGGACCAGAGAAGGGCAGAUGUGUGGCAGCAGAGUAUUUCACCGAGCCAGAGAUAGAGAUCACAACAGAAAAUACCGCCAACAUACUCAAAAUGGUCCGAACUGCCACUCCCUUCCCGAUGGUGUCACUGCUCUUUGUCUUCACUGCUUUCGUAAUCAGCAACAUUGGACACAUUCGGCCGCAGCGCACCAUCCUCGCCUUUGUUUCUGGAAUAUUCUUCAUACUGUCAGGUCUCAGUCUGGUCGUUGGUCUGGUCUUGUAUAUCUCCAGUAUUAAUGACGAGGUGAUGAACCGACCCAGAGAGCCAGAGCAGUUCUUCCACUACCGCUACGGCUGGUCCUUUGCCUUUGCUGCCUCCUCCUUCCUUCUUAAAGAGGGUGCAGGAGUAAUGUCCGUUUACCUCUUCAUGAAGCGUUAUGCUGAGGAGGAGCUAUACAGGCCUCAUCCCGCCCUCUACCGCCCCCGCAUGUCCGACUGCAGCGACUACAGCGGUCAGUUCCUCCAUCCAGACUCCUGGCCUCCACCACAGCGUGGCCGCAGCGCCUCGGAAGUCUCCUCUGACAUCUCCAUCCAGCUGAACCAGACCCCGCCUCCGCAGCAGCCACCCAAGGGGGGCAGCAGCUCCCAGCCAACACCUUCUUCUUCUGGGCCUUCAUCAGCAGCCAGCUAUCAGCUCCAGCCGGCUUCCUCCUCCUCCACCUCCUCCUCUUACCCACACCCCCUCCACCUAGCUGCCACCUCCACCCUACCCAGAGCAUCCCAUGCUCAUGCCCACGCCCACCCUCAGCCGCACCCCCACCCGAGCGGGCCCCCGCCCCAGUCCCUGCCCAUGGCGGCGCCACCUUCAGCCGUGCCUCCUCCUCGCUAUCACACUCACAUGCGAAUGAGCGCCUCGCCAUGCUAGGCUACAUACGCAGGGAAGGGGAGGGAAAACACAACUGGGGGGAUUAGAUUGGCUCAGUUACAGCUCUUACACACCACAAGACAACACACACACAAACAAAAAUCUUGUAUCCUCAAAGUGUGGGAGGAGGGAUGCAGCAGAGUGGAUGAAGGGGGGAGGUUUAAGGAGAUCAAAAAGAGGGGAGAGGAGAAGUGGAAAAGAGGGGAGGAGAGGCAGGUGGGUGGAGGGAUGACUCACUGCUGAUGCCGAGCCCAAGAUGAAGAGAGACACUUAACAAAACUUUUAACACUCUGGGUGGGAUAAUGGGAGGGGAGGAGUGAGGGAUACGAUGAUUAGUAGCAAGACGUUUGUGGGGUUUCUGACGGGUACAUUUCUCACCAGGGCCGUGAUACACUGGCAACAGUGAGAAGCAGCACAGGAAACAGGAAGCUGAAUCAUUUCCAAAACACUGUCUGUACACAAAAAGAACAAAUAAGUGAAAGAAUAUAUAUCUGGCUGUAAAUGUCCUUUCACCAUACAAGGACUAUGGUGACCUGCUUUUCCUUGAAAAGACUUAGAUUAUUAAUAAAUAAAUACAUCCAUCAUCUCUAUGUAAUUCCGUGAAUAGGGUUGGGAAGGUUCUUUCAUUUCAUCUUGAUUACUUUCUAAAUAAAUUUUGAAACCAUUAGAGUGACCCCUAUAAAAAACUGAAUGAUAAAAUCAAGCGUAGACUGCUGUAACUGUUGAAUUUAUUCAUUCAAACAAUUGUACAGUACAGGUGGCACAAUCUACAAUCAAACCAAUCAAACAACCCUACAACAAAUAGCAAUGACAAUGAAAUAGAAUAGAAUGUAAUUACCUUUUUGAAUAAGUUCUAUUCUGCAGAACACAAUGCAAAAAUUUGAAAAAGAAAAGUAUGUAAAAGUCUAGAUUUGAUUCUGCUCAUGCAAUUUAGAUGAUAUUUCGUGGUAUAUUCUGAUUACUUGGUUUGUAAACAUUGUUUGUCACAGCAGUUUUCUAAGGGCCUAAAAAUGGCAACAGACAUAAAUGAUAUGUUAGCUAGGUUCUAGCAAAUCCAGUAAUGUCUCUUCAGAAUGAUAUGGGUUCAGAACACCAGACCUAUUUCAGGAUAACAGCAGUGUUUUGUACUGCUUCAGUGAUAACCCCCCAACACACACACACACACACACACACACACACACACACACACACACACACACACACAUAUGACAAUAAAAUAUAAAUAUAUUUGAAUUGAUUUAUGUUUAAUUUAUUCACAUAUCCAGUUAAUGUACAGAAAACAUUAUUUACAUAAAACCAUGAAAUUUCCUCUAAGCUGAAAAUAUAUCAUGAUUUUAUUUUUUUGCCAGCCUUAUUGAAAAUUGUUAGUGUUCAACCUAAUAGUUUAAUUUGGCAUUUUUAAUAAUACAUGAUGUCUUCUAUUACUUUCCAACCCUGUUCAUGAAAAACAAUAUGUGAAAUGGAACAGAAAAAAUACCAAUAUGAUGAAGAAUGUCCAUCUCGUUAAUAAUCAGUAUUGCUUACAACUUUUGCCCAUGUACCAUGACCUACAAACAAAACUAUUAUAUACACAAUCAGAGGUUAACUGUACAUGCAUAGACAUUUAUACUUCAGCUGUAUAGAAAUUAUUCUUCCCCUCUUGUAUGUUCUUGCUAAAACAAAUGUUACAAAAACGUCUUAUCAUGGGGUGUAAAUAUUACAGUAUGUUUUAGGUGUUUUAGCUAUUAAAUUUUCUAAGCUGUUUGUAUUUUGAAAGGGAAGCUUUCAGGGUGAUUGUUCAAAAUUUCGCAGAGUGAAACCGAAGACGUAACCGAGAGACUUUUUAAAGUGCCAAGCACAGUUGGACAACUUCUGUGGGAGCUUCAGGAGGUUUCUGUGAAAUUAGCAUUGACCGAACAGAGACUGUUUCCACCGUGAUCACCAAAGGUACAAUCGAAGUGGCUGCCUUGGAGUUGCCCUGGAAGUGAAAAUUAAAUCAAAUGGUGUACGUAAUGAUACACACAUAUGAAAAACCCGACCUCUUAAAAGCCAGGUUCUGAUUGCAUUCCAUUUUAAUCCAAUCAUUUCGGAUUUAAUAAAACAUUGCAGCAAAACACCAGCCUUACCUGUUGACUACUGCUCAGUACCUGGCUAAUUACUAAAUAUGUGGUAAUAAUGGUUGAAUGUCAGUGGAAAGUUUCAGGCUUUGAGAACACUGAAAAAAAAAUUCAUCUUGUUGACAUUAUUCCUGACAGUUUGUAGUUACUCCCAAUUUAAAAAAAAAAACAGUUACAUUUAGUUUUGUUUAUUUGAAUAAUAAUGUGGUUCCUGAAUGGACAGAUUUGAAAUGGAAUCUAACUCUGCCUGGUUUUAUGUAAGGAUUAGAAGUUUUAUAUGGGUAAUAUUUGGAAGUACAGACAUGGCACUUUGAUGAACACGAGCUUACAUGGGAAGCAAACCGAAAACCUGAGUGACAGAUUUAGUUUUAAUCUAUUAUUAAUGUCAUUAGCUUAGCUAUCAUUGGAGAAAUAUUAGACAUCUUUUCACACACUUCUUUUGAGGCCAGACAAAAUCCUUACGAUAUUUAUUUCAGAGGUGAAAAAUAAUUUGUCUUGUGAUAAGACGAAAUAUGAAUUCAAGAAAUGUUGUCUAAUGUAAUUUGGUUGGACAUUCCUGAACGUUCAGCCAAUGUGUUUAGUGGGGAUGGGGCCAUUCUCCACUAAUGAUUGAGCCACUGAAAACUAUUAAAAAAGAGUCAAGUGUCAAAUGUGCCCAGAUUAAUCUACCACAGGGCCCCAGGUAAAAUAAUACUCUUGACUCACCAGAAAAACAUAUUGAUUGUUUUUUCUAGCAGCUUAAAAUGACCCAUGUUACAUUCUAAUAGUGCAGCAAAAGAUUACAUGGAUAAGGUUGUUGAGGGGUGUAUAAAGUGUGACCAGAGACCAGAGUUUGAAUGACAGCAUUCCUUCUUAAAUUAAUACCCUUAGUAAAAAAAAAAUAGCUUAAACUCAAGGUCUACUUACUCGUUUGCUCUGGUGAUUUUGAUCUCUUCGCCGUAGUAAUUUUGAUUCUGAGCACCUCUAUCAUCUUUUCUCCAUGUUGACUCAAAAGUUAUUCUCAAACUUAAAAAUCACAGAACACAAAACAGUAAGGGGUGUCCACACGCUUUUGAUUGACAUGUUUUAUAUCUACACAGACAAAAUGACAUUGACCACAGGAGAUUUUCAGUUUGACUCCCAUUGAAGUUCUUCUGUUGCACAGUGACUUAAAGUGACAAACUUAAAGAUUGCUUGUUUUUGUAGCAUAAUAACAAUCGUGCCCAGCAUAGGGCAUUGUUUGUAGCCAUUUUUAGACCUUCGGGGGAAAAUGUUAAGCUUACAACCUGUGGUACUGUUAAAGAAAAACAGUGUAGCAAAUUAACUGCUGUGUUAGCUUUUAUGAAUAUCUGCUAUGUGGAAAUUAAAUAGGAAAUUAUUUAGUAGCUGAGUAUGAGAGCUUUUGCUGAUGUUUUGAGAUGUUUAUUUUAAUUGCCAAAGCUGAGCAUUCAUGCUGUGUAGUGAGCACAUACACAGAGAUAUAUUUAUGUAGCUGACUUCUGAGGAGGUGUUUUUUUCCUGAUACAACAAAAUCAGAACAGUGUUUCUUGAUGGCAUCACAGCAGAGAAGCAGAGCUUCUGAUGGAGUGAACAACUUUCCUUACUUCCUUUGUUCAAUGCAGAUAUUUCUCGAAACUGUGAUUAAGGUGUAAAUAUUCAUACUCAACACGCUGUAUGCAGUCUACCCGAGACAUGUUUACGUUUACAUUAUAAAGGUAUAGAAGUUUACAUGGUCCAAUGACAUUUGACUGACUCAAUACCUGUCAAAAACUGACCAUGAGAGUUUAAAUAGAGUUUGUUUUCAUCAUUCCUGCAAAUGUGCUAUUCGCAGGAGUGUGGUUUUUAUCUGCCAGCAGUGUUUUGCUGUUUAAAACCAAUAAAGCUUGCCUGGUUCCAGCCUC